CUCAGCGGACACCCCAGCUGACAAGGCCUGUCCAUUCCUGGGAGACACAGACCCCGAGAAACCCUCCCACAACCCACAGGAACCCAACUCAAAUGAAACACUCUGCACACACACAUAUGCUGUUGAUUCAUGUAUUUAAAGUUCCAUGGAGCACUGAGAUACUAGCUGAACAGUGUCCAAUAAGUUCUAAUCAUUUUUUGCCACGUUGUGCCCUACUGAASAUGACCCUGMUUUUACUGUUUAAACCUGUGUGAUCUUGUCUGUCCCAGCCUGUGGAGGCUUGCUGAGAGCAUCCUUAGCUCCCUAUAAAAAUCUGCAUUCUCCUUC